AACCCAGAAACCAUACAUAAAAAAAAUAUAACUGUUACAUCAAACAAACAAAACUGAUCACAAAUCAGAAACAAAAGACACUAGAGAAAAAUAUAUAAAAAGAAAAUCGAACCAUCGAGAAAGGAGAUUCGAGUUAUUCCUAAUACUUUUUGUUUUUUUCAUUCUCAAUUUUCAUUCUCUAAAAAUAUACUUAAUUAGACCUUCGAGGAAAUCUGUAAAAGACAAGAAUUCUACGAGAUUCAAAGCAAAAUGACGGACGCCCACACUGCCAGGACGAUCGUCGGAAUCAUCGGAAACGUGAUAUCUUUCGGCUUGUUCUGCGCUCCAAUACCAACGAUGCUGAAGAUAUGGAAGAUGAAAUCGGUGUCGGAAUUUAAGCCAGAUCCGUACGUAGCUACGGUUUUAAACUGCAUGAUGUGGACUUUCUACGGAAUGCCUUUCGUCCAACCCGACAGUCUCCUCGUAAUCACCAUUAAUGGAACUGGUCUUUUCUUGGAACUCGUUUACGUCUCCAUCUUCUUCAUCUUCGCUACCUCGUCUGUUCGCAGAAAGAUCACGAUAGCUAUGGUGAUCGAGAUGAUAUUCAUGGCGGUGGUGAUCUUCUGCACAUUGUAUUUUUUGCAUACAACAAAACAGAGAUCUAUGCUUAUUGGGAUCUUGUGCAUUAUUUUCAAUGUUAUCAUGUAUGCUGCUCCUUUAACCGUCAUGAAACUUGUGAUAAAGACAAAGAGCGUGAAGUACAUGCCGUUCUUCCUGUCACUAGCCAACUUCAUGAACGGCGUCGUUUGGGUCGUUUAUGCAUGUCUUAAAUUCGACCCCUAUAUUUUGAUUCCAAAUGGUCUUGGAUCCCUAUCAGGAAUAAUCCAACUUAUAUUAUACGUAACUUACUAUAAAACAACUAACUGGAACGAUGAAGAUGACGAUAAAGAAAAGCGCUAUUCUAAUGCUGAGGUCGAGCUUGGCCGAGCUUGACAGUUGCAGCUAUGGCUUAUGGGUCGCACUUUUUUCUUCCUUUUAUUUUUGUUUUACAAAAGUAUCAUCAUCGUCGACUGGUAAUUACCAGCUUCAUCGUUAGGUUAAGAUAGAUUCAGAAGAGAUGUCUAUGUGAAGAAGAAGAAAAAAUCUAAGUUAUAA